GAAAAUACCAACGAAAAAACGGCUUUUGAAUAAGCAGUUCUGAAAAUUCCUUCUCAACUCGUUUUCAGUUUCAGUCUUCUUCUUCCCUCAUCAACACGCUUCACCAAAAUCCAAUUUCGAUUUCAAUAUUUAUAUGUAAACAACACCAACAAUAACAACACCAACAUUCCUCUCAAAUCCCGCACUCCCUAACCAUGGCGGGUGCACACUCUUCUCAUCACAGACCGCCCACCGCAACCACCUCCUCCUCCCGUCUCCUCCUUCUCCUCACCGUCCUCCCCCUCACCCUCGCCGCCUUCGCCUUCAUCCUCCAAUGGCGCGGCGGAAUCACCGAUCCCGUCACCCGGUGGUCACCCGAUCAAAACGUGUUCCCCGGUAUGUCAAUCUCCAGCCACCAACAACAACAAUCGCAAACUCGUUCACGUUCCGAUUGUUCUAACCUUUUCCCCAAUUCUCAUUCCCCUUCUUUCCCUUACUUCCGUGAUUGGAAAAUCGAUUACUCCGUCGAUCUUUCCCCUAAGAUAUGUAUUACGACGAGUACUUCUGCUGAUUUGGAACAAACAUUGCCGUGGAUCUUUUAUCAUAAGGUUAUGGGAGUUUCGAGUUUUUUCCUUUUCGUUGAAGGGAAAGCUGCGUCGCCUAAUGUAUCUAGAGUUUUAGAAAGCAUUCCGGGGGUUAAAGUUAUAUAUAGAACAAGAGAAUUAGAGGAGCAACAAGCUAAAAGCCGUAUAUGGAAUGAAACUUGGUUGGCAAGCUUCUUCUACAAACCAUGUAACUAUGAGUUGUUUGUGAAGCAAUCUUUGAACAUGGAAAUGGCGAUUGUCAUGGCAAGGGAUUCUGGCAUGGAUUGGAUCAUCCAUCUAGAUACUGAUGAACUGAUACAUCCAGCAGGAACUCAGGAAUAUUCAAUGAGACAGUUGCUAUCUGAUGUGCCUGGGGAUGUUGAUAUGGUUGUUUUUCCAAAUUAUGAAAGCAGUGUUGAGCAAGACGAUAUCAAGGAGCCUUUCAGUGAGGUUUCAAUGUUCAAGAAGAACUAUGAUCACCUUCCAAAGGAUGUGUAUUUUGGAAAUUACAAAGAAGCAACUCGUGGCAAUCCAAACUAUUUUCUAACUUAUGGAAAUGGGAAAGCAGCAGCCAGGGUUCAGGAUCAUCUCCGUCCUAAUGGUGCACAUAGAUGGCACAACUAUAUGAAGACACCUAAUGAGAUCAAGUUGGACGAAGCUGCUGUUCUGCAUUACACUUACACCAAAUUUUCUGAUUUGACUUCAAGACGUGAUCGGUGUGGCUGCAAGCCUACAAAAGAUGAUGUAAAAAGAUGUUUCAUGUUAGACUUUGACAGAGCUGCGUUCAUAAUUGCUUCAACUGCUACUGAGGAAGAAAUGCUUCAAUGGUACCGUGAACACAUUGUGUGGACAGACAAAGCACUAAAGAUGAAACUUAUUAGAAAAGGCAUCUUAUCUCGCAUUUAUGCUCCCAUGGUCAUUAUUCAAAGUUUGAAAGAAUCUGGUGUUUUUAGCUCGGUGAUUGCGAAAGCUGCUCAGACAACAAUAUCAAAAGACAAAUUUUUAAAAUCUGUUGAGAGUAGCAAUUCAAGUAGGAAUGGCAGAUCAGAAAUGAUAUCUUCUAGAAAAAUUGAUGCUGGUGGAGUAUCCCAAGCAAUUGCAAGAAGAAUCUUGGAGGUUAUAGAUGAUUCAAUUCCCUCUGCAAUUCCACCAUUAUCUCCACCCAGCCAUGACGAUGCUGACUUCCUUAUGUCCUAGAUUUCGACUGACUCCUUGCCAUGGCCAUAAAUUCUAGAGAUUUUUUUAAGAAAGGCAAUGAUAGAAGCACGUCUGUCUAUUAUGAUGGGCAUAUCAGUUUUAGGAUUCAUGGGUUUUUUCCCGAUCAUUACCCCAAGCGCUUAUGUAAAUUUCAGGUAUAGAGUGUAGGCUUAGUGUAGGUAUCAUCAUACAGGGCAGACUUUUCUAUCUGUUCGUUAUUCUUUUCUUAUUUCUACUGGGCAGAUUGGCUGCGAUUGUAACGGAAAUUAGAGGCCUGUUCUAUUUUUGUUCACACACAUUGAGAGAAGCAUGUUAUACUUACAGGUUGAGAUUAUCUCCCCCAGUUGGAGAAAGGAGAAAUGAUUUAUACAAUGGAAAUGAUAUUUUGCGAGUUUUUGCCAGACA